AUGCCUUUCUCCUCCCACUCCUCCAGAUCCUCCAGAUCCUCUUCUUCGUCUUCGCAUGUCCUGCUUCGGUUGAUAUGUCAAUCAUUGCUCCUCCUCGUGUCUUUCGUCGCCGCGCAGGAAGCAUUCCCAACCGAUGAUUCCGUAGUGACCCCGCCGCUUGGAGCGCCACAGUUCUUCCUCUAUACCCGCCAGUUUGCCCUAGAUCCCGCCUUUCUUGUACCUCUAACCAAGUCUAUGAGCGACGCUCCUCCAAGUGAUUUUAACGUCACGGGAACAUUGGUCGACGUCUCGCCAGAGAAUGCGAACAACCUCAAUGAAGACCAGAUAGCCCUAGUCAGCUGCGAUGACUCCGCAUAUCCCGGAAACCAGAAAGUCAAGGACACUCUCAAGGAGCUCAUUUCCAACAAUCCGACCGCCGGUGCGACUAUAUUGUAUACCGAGAGAGACAGGUAUCAUUGUGAAUACACAGCGGACAUGUCGCUCCCCCCGUAUCCGAAUAUCUUCACCUUGACAAGAGCGUCGAUAGCCCAGGAACUGCAGAAUAAGCUCAAGAGCAGCCCGACCGGGUCGUCUUCGAUCGUGGCGGAGGAUCCGUCCCCCUCCGAAACCGGGAUAGGUGCCAUUGAGACAGGAGGCUCCAGUUCGCCCCUGGAAAGGGAUCGUGGGAACAAUGGCCCAACUACCUCAGUGGCUAUGAUCAUCCUGUAUUCGGUCACUGGCGUUAUCACGCUGCUCUUCCUCGGCGUCAUCCUCACCGGUGCCGUUCGCGCGCACAUGCAUCCGGAACGCUACGGGCCUCGUAACAUCAUCGGCCGUCCUCGACAGAGUAGAGCCAAGGGCCUUGCACGGGCCAUGCUGGAGACGCUACCGAUCGUGAAAUUCGGCGACUUGGACGAACCCACCGCGCAGCCCGGAGCGGCCAAGGCCGGAGACGUUGAGAUGGGCUCGAGUCAAGGAGGAGGACCGGAAGAGCAAAAGAAGGGCGGCCACAAGGCUAAGGGAGCUUCCGAAGAGGAUGGGGCGUCGCAGCGUUCCCAAACGAGCGCUGCGGAUCACGAUCGCAACCUGUCGGGCAGGGAUGAUGGGCAUAUUGGACCGGCGUCGUCGUCGCGAGCUGGAACGCCGGAUGGGCCGGAACCCGCGGGCGAAACUACCCUUGGGUGUCCGAUCUGCACCGACGACUUUGAAAAGGGGCAGGAUGUCAGGCUGCUGCCGUGUGACCACAAGUUCCAUCCCGAAUGCAUUGACCCAUGGUUGGUGAACGUUUCUGGAACUUGUCCUCUCUGCCGCAUCGACCUCCAUCCUCACGACGAAGACGAACAGCAACUUGAAAAUCCAGACGAACAGCCCGCCGAGGACGACGGAAGACUUCCUCCUCCCCUCCGGGAUAACAGAGGCCCCGGCAAUGAACCGGAAGGCACCAGGGACCGUCGUCGCCGCCGACGAAGUCUAGCGACAUACAUCCAGUCCACCAUCAACGCCAUGCCGCCCAACGACGCUUCCAUAGAGCAGCGACUCGAAGCCGUGCGUCGAUUACGAUCACCGCAGCAGCAAGAAGGGGCGCAGACGGCGGCGACGGGAGCUAUCGGAGCAUCGUCUGAGAACAGAAGAAGCCGGCGGUUUUCCACGAUGUUGCUGGAUAGCUUCCGCAUACACACGAGACGACAUGGUGAAGAGAUGUAAAAGAAAAGAAAAGAAAAGCAUGUGGUCUAGCUCCCAUCAUGAAAUGGAUACUUUGAUGGGGAGGGGGGACACACGAUGCUGCUUUUCUCUUUACGAGGAUACGGAUUUCUUUACAGGUUUUUCUUUCCCGUUUUCUUUUUAUUAACGACAUACCCGAUAUCCAAAGCAGGUGGAUUUGAUAGGAUUUCCCCUUUUUUUUUUUUUUUUUUUUUUCUCUUUUUACUUUUUAUUUUGUGGUUUAAACCCAAGUUGGGCUCUACCUGAUUGCAUACGGUAGUGGGAUUGGGAUUGGGAUUGGGACAUAUUCAAGCGGUCUUUUUUUUUUUCUCCACCUAGUUUAUCUCUAUGAUGAGGAGUUAAAAGUGUUGGAUUUUUCUUGAAAAAGGGGGGCGGAGGGGGUUGAAGGUGCUACGGGUCUGGGACAAUUCUUGUGGAUAUUUGAUUUUAUUUCUUCCUGGAAUCUGUUCCUUUUCAAGGCUUCUGUGGGCGAAUGGGAUAUAUAAACUGGGUGCUGGAGUUUUUUAGUUCUCCUUUUCUUUUCAUCGCAUGUUUUUUUCCUUCCUUUUUUUUUUUUUUUUGUUCUGUGUCAAAAAACUCGGGAGAACAGACAAGGGGGAAGGGUGGGUGGUGCUGUUGAUCAAUACUAGGAUGUUUUCUUUUC